AUAAUGAUAAUGAGAGACAAAAGAAUCCCCGCCUGAACUCCGUCUAUGCUUAUAGAUUUUACAGCUGACAGCUGCCAUUUCAUGUUCUAGUUAGAAACUAACCAGGACUCCUUCUUUCGGUAUAGUUUACCAGAACUUAACUGACAAAGGGUUGGUAGCCAGAUAUUGAGAAAACCAUUUUUCAACAUGUUGCCGGUAAAGUUCUGGUUAAGCGGUUAACCAGACAUUGCGAAAACGGGCAAUAGUCGCGCUUUUGGGUAAUUAACCGUUAGUUUAACCGAUAGGUGGCUUUAUGGGUAAUUAAUAACGAUUAUUGUCUAUAUCGAUCAAAAAAGUCCCUUGAUCGAUAUAUAUUAAUUUUUACUACAUGAUGACAUUGGACCUCGAAAUUUGGCGGCUAUUGUUAAAUUAGCAAUGGAAGUGCUUAAAUUUAAUUUAAUCGCUGCUAUUAGUGAAAAUUUCGGUAUUGGUGUGAAAGGUGAACUACCAUGGCGUCUAAGGUCUGAGCUCAAAUACUUUUCAUCUACUACAAGACGAUGUUUUGAUCCAAAAAAACAGAAUGUUGUCAUAAUGGGACGAAAAACUUAUUUUGCUAUCCCUGAAGAUAAGCGUCCUCUGUUUGAUCGGCUUAAUGUAGUAUUAAGUACAACGCUCAAGACCACAGACCUACCAGAAAACGUGUUGCUUUAUCCCAACUUGGAAUCGGCAAUGCAACGUUUAGAACAAUUCGAUUUAAGUCAACAAAUAGAAACAGUCUGGAUUGUUGGUGGCAGUGGAGUGUACAAAGAGGCCAUACUUUCGCCACGGUGUAACAGAAUAUAUUUAACAAAGAUCCUUCAACAAUUUGAGUGUGAUACAUUCUUCCCCGAGAUUCCAGCUGAUUUUCAAGAAUUGAAAUUGGAUCAAGAAAAAAUACCAAUGGGAAUACAAAAAGAGGGAGGCGUACAAUAUGAAUAUAAAAUAUUGGAGAAACGAAAAAGGGAGUAAAUAAAAGCUCUUAAUGUUUAUUUAGCGUGAUUUAUGUCUGUAUGUGUAAUUGUAUCACCUUCAAUGCCCUUAGCAACCAACAUUAGCUCAUACAAUUGUAUCACUUGGUCGUCUUUAAGCAUUUCUACAGUGCUUGUGUCCAAUUGGUCUCCUAUCGCAGCUGUUGCUUUGCCUUUCAGUCCCAAUUGUGAAGUAAUUGUAACUGCGUACUUCUGUAAGACGAAAAGUCUAAAUGCAGCUUUUAACAACUUAAAUAAAUAAAAGUUUUUACCGCCCA